AUGCCAUACUAUCUCCACGCCUCGGUUGUACUGUUCCGCAGCAUACUCCAUAGAGCUGAUGGAGAACUUGCCAAGUCGGAAUCCAACAUACGCGACUUUCUAUGGCGAGGGCCACGCCCGAAUACCCGUCGUGACCAUGCACUCGAGGGCCGCCUACACAUUUCCCAGAUGGAGAACAAGAUUAGGUGCUACGAUACUGAUGUGCCGUCUUUUGCCUACAAAUGGAGGGCUCAGCAGCCGUUAUCAACCCUGGACAUGGAGGUAACCUUUCGGCUCCAGAGCACAGCCGCUCGAUAUUUCCAGUCUAUAGGCGAUUUUGACGCAGCGAGGGCAUCUUUGGAGCAGUUUCUGUCACUGGGUCGAAUCAAACCUAUACCCACAAACUCACGCCGAGUCUUGCUUGAGAGACUAUCUGAUGUGUACUGCGAGAUGGGAGAGUACGUCAAAGCUAUGGGGAUACUGGAACCUGAACUUGAGCAUAUCGAUCCUAGUGAUCGAUCCGUCGUGUAUUCCAAAGGCUGA